GAAACGAGAGGAGAAAAAGGGAGGGGAGGAGACCUAAGCAAGACAUUUCAGUGCUGCGUGCAUAGUGAGGACACGUCAAGAGCUGAUUCAAAAGCUUAUUUGUUUAAGCUUUAGGAAUUUUUUUUGUAAAGAAUUUCCUUAUAGGUAAAAACAUAUGUUUUGUUCUGAAGUGUUAAGUAUCAACAAGUGAAACCGCAUUGUUAGGUCUUUUACUGCAACAGCAUAACAGGAGGCAGACCUACAAUACCAAUUUGUGUAAAGACAGGAAAAAGGAGAAUAGCCUGUAAAGCCAAAGGAAACAUAAAUACACAGAGUCCAAAACAGACCCAUAAAUUAAGUCAGUGAAGCAAAAUCCACAGUCUCUACAUUAUGUCUCGCUGGGGGCGGAAAAACGUCAAGAAGACUCCUGAAGUGAUCAGGACAGUUACAGAGGGGCUGAAGUCACUGUAUCGUAAGAAGCUUCUUCCUAUUGAGGAGUAUUAUGGUUUUCAUGACUUCCACUCCCCAAGUCUGGAGGAUGCUGACUUUGACAACAAACCCAUGGUGCUCGUGGUUGGUCAGUACUCUACAGGGAAGACUACUUUUAUCAAGUACCUUCUGGAACAAGAGGUGCCUGGAAGCCGUGUGGGUCCAGAGCCUACUACAGACUGCUUCACUGCCAUCAUGCAUGGUGACAUGGAGGGAAUAAUCCCUGGAAAUGCUCUCAUAGUGGACCCUAACAAGCCCUUCCGCAAACUCAACCCCUUUGGAAAUACUUUUCUGAACAGAUUCCAGUGUGCACAGAUGCCCAACCAGGUUCUGGAGAGCAUCAGUAUCAUUGACACCCCUGGCAUCCUGUCGGGAGCUAAGCAGAGAGUGAGCCGAGGUGAGGCCAAUACUAAAGGCUAUGACUUCCCAGCUGUCUUGCGUUGGUUUGCUGAACGAGUGGACCGAAUUAUUCUCCUUUUUGAUGCCCACAAGCUGGAGAUUUCUGAUGAGUUUUCAGAGGCCAUAAGUGCUUUGAAGGGCAAUGAGGACAAAUUGCGUGUGGUGCUUAACAAGGCUGAUAUGGUUGGGACACAGCAGCUGAUGCGAGUAUAUGGUGCUCUCAUGUGGUCCCUGGGAAAAGUGUUUGGAACCCCUGAAGUGCUGAGAGUAUAUAUCGGCUCAUUUUGGUCCGAACCUCUCAUGGUGCCAGACAACCGGAAGCUAUUUGAAUUGGAAGAGGAAGAUCUUUUUGCUGACAUUCAGAACCUGCCACGAAAUGCAGCCCUCCGCAAGCUCAACGAUCUGGUCAAGAGAGCCCGUCUAGUUAGGGUUCAUGCUCACAUAAUCAGCUACCUGAAGCAAGAGAUGCCUUCUGUCUUCAGGAAGGACAACAAGAAAAAGAAUUUGAUCUACCAGCUGCCAGUCAUCUUCUCCAAGAUCCAGUUGCAGCAUCACAUUUCCCCUGGAGAUUUUCCUGACUGUGCUAAGAUGCAGGAACUCCUGGCAGUUCAUGACUUUACCAAGUUUAAAGCCCUGAAACCCAACAUGAUGUCUAUGUUGGAUGAGCUGCUGUCCGUUGACAUUGCCAAGCUGAUGCCUCUUCUCAGGCAGGAAGAACUGGAAGCUGGAGGUCAACCUGGAGUCCAAGGUGGGGCUUUCUUGGGGACCCGAGCAGGACCCUUUGUGGAGGGUGAUCCUUUUGGUGAGAAAGUUGAAGAUGAAGGUGAAGAUGGAGAGGUGGAAGAAGACUGGAUUGUGACUAAGGAUAAGCCCAAGUAUGAUGAGAUCUUUUACAAUCUUGCGCCCAAUGAGGGCAAGCUGAGUGGCACUAAAGCCAAAGACUGGAUGGUGAGUACACGGCUGCCCAACUCUGUGCUGGGUCGCAUAUGGAAGUUGUCAGAUGUGGAUCGUGAUGGCAUGUUGGAUGAUGAGGAAUUUGCCCUGGCUAGCCACUUGAUUGAGGUGAAACUUGAAGGUCAUGGCCUGCCACCUGAAUUACCUGCUCGUCUGGUGCCUCCUUCUAAACGCAGACAAAAAGGAUCUGAUGCCUAGACAAUAAAAGCAGCCAAUGGUGUCUACAAGAUUUUCUUGUCAGAAUGCAUAUUUAACAUAAUUAUUGGCAACAAUAGAAAUGAGCAGAAAUUAUUGUAUCUAAACAUAUUUUACACAAUAAUUCAAAUUUUCCACAAACAAUAGGAGAACCUAUUCAUCUUUGGUCUAACAAAAAUAAUUCCCAAUUUAACUAAAUAAUAUUAUUUUCUAAUAAUAUAUGUUCUAAUGACUACUUUUAAUAUUUGAAGCAGUUUGAAGCAUUGCAAGAAAGAAACCCUUCCUGAGAUCAUCUAACAUAAUAUAGCACCUAAAAUUCACCAAGCGUCAUUGGAACCUUUUUGGUCAUUUACACCAUCACUGACCAAAAUGGACUGCACACAAGGAAAGCCAUUCAUGUUUGAGGCUGUUUUGUGGCUGACGAUUCAGAGAUUUAGAGCCAAACAUACUUCCAAACAGUUCUAGAAAAUGCUACUUUGAAGCCUACUGAAUUGAAGAAGGAAGACUACAUGCCCAAACCUAAGAAUAUAAAAAAGCUUCUUCGUGUGUUUACAAGUGUCUCCAACCUCUCUGGACAUUACAGGAAGUAAACAAGUUCUGUUAUUUAAUCAAAGACAGUAAUUGUGCCAAUAAUUUUUAAACCAGUGUUAAUGUAGAGGGACAGUGUAUAUUUUUUCCUUUAACAUACACAUACAUACAUAAAGUGUGUGCUCCAUGUAUGUAUGUGUGUAGGGAAAAAAACAAACAAACAUAUUUUUGCUCAUUUUCAUAAAGGGUGCCAAUAAUUAUGCAGGGCCUCAAGAUCCUCCUAACAUAAUGAUAAGGGGAGAUCUUCCUGAUCAGCAAACUCUUUAGAACAAAAAUGACUGAGCUCUUUGAGGAGACUGGCAUACCUUAAUGUGUGAAUGGCAAUAUACAUUGAGUUAAAAAAACAAAACAAAACUGACUAGGGGUCUGCACUGUAUGCAUCUUUUCACAGCUUUCAUUCUUGAAUCACAGCCACUAUACAUCUUCACUCACUGUCUUUGUCUGUCUCUGGUGCUAAAUACCAGUACAUCUUCAGCUUUAAAAUAUAAAUUAAGCCAGCUUAAUUAAGCCAAUAUCAAAUUAAAAAAGAGAAACUGGGUAUCUGUAAUAUGCAUACAGCAGUUAGUAAAGAAUUUCACGACAUUUAAUUCUAUGCAGUAUUAAAAAACAUUAUCAAAAUGUGACAUUUGCUUAAACCAUUGCAUACUAUGAAUGUGUCUGGUAAAUUUCUUUUUAAUGUCAAGCAUUGUAAGCAAAAUUAUGUUGUUGACUACUGUACAACGCUUUACUGAUUGCUUUAUAAUGAAUUUCAUUAUUACAAAAACCAAAUAAACUGUGCUGAUUUUAGAUCUUUCA